UCAAGUUGAUUUGAGAGAAUUAUCUGGAAUUUAAAUUAAGUGAAUUUAAGGACUUGUGGCUUUAAUAUGACUUAGUGUUUCCCAAAUACCACAGCUGAGAGCUUCUUAAGGACGCCCUCAGAAAAACCUAGUCUUAGGUGUGUCAUAAACUUGAGAUAUCCAGCCCUAGUCUUAUGAAUCAACAUUAAUCCAAAUCUUUGUCAAAUUGUACUCACAUUCAAGAUAGUAGCCCCAAAAGCCAUAGACAGCAGUGCCGAAAAAAUCAUCAAAAAUUUCAUUUUUACCAAAAAAAUUAAAAUUAAAUUUAAAAAAAUAAAUUCAACUUUUCCCUCAAAUCCAAUCGGCAGACACUCAUCAACUGAACAACUAUGUUGAAUCCAAAAUUCAUUUCUUACACACUGCCUGCACGUACUAGAUUGACGUUAAGAGUGCAGGAAAUCAAAGAUGAAGUUUUAAUCGGAUUUUGCACAAUUUUUUUUUUGAUAAGACUAAAAAUAAGAGUGGGAAAAGACGCAAAUUAUAAAAGGUGUAAAGUGCUUCAGUCGUCACACGGGGUUUGCUUGUGAACAGAUAAACGUUUUUUUUCGAGAAUUUUAUAAUUGUUUCUAGGAAAAAAAUACAUCAAGUCAAACUUGAGUUGAUUGGGGAUUGAUUAAUAUUUUUAGACAUAGAAUUUGAAUUUUGGGUUUAUUUUUGAGCUGGUCACAAUGGGAAUGACUAGAUGUUAUGGAAGGGUUCUCCAGAAACUUGAUUUGGAGCUUCUUCUCUCAAAAUUUGGGGGGGGGGGGGAAUUUUAUUUGGAAAAUUCAUAGGGUAGUGGGGAUUUUUAUGAUUUUUCAUAAAACUCCUAGCAAAAUUAAGAAAUUUCUGUUGACGUCCCCCAAAUCCCCACAUCUCCCCCUGGUUAUGCGCCUGUCACCCUACUGAUAGAUCCUUGGGCUUUUUUCAAAUCUUUGUCAUAUCAACAACACUCGAGAGAUAAGUUUAUGGAGGGUAUUGAACGCUUGCCUUAAAAAUGAAGCUUACAGAUAUUUGAUCUGUUGUCUAACCACUCACGUCAACAAGGACUAGCUUUCGCACUGGCAGAAUCGUCUUUAUAUGACUCGAAACUACUGAUUCUACUCUGCCACAACACCAAAAUAUACAUUUAACAAAGCGUGGAAACUCAGGAUUGAUCCUGGAAAAUCAUUAAAAUCCUAAAAAAAAUUCCUGAGCCAAUACAUGGAAAUGUGAAAUCCCUGAUGCAUUUGAUGAAUAAUUUUGGGAUUUAAAAGGCCCUUUAAGAGAUUUCAGGUUUUCAUGUUUAUUGGCUCAGGGAUUUUUUCAGGAUUAAUUCCACGCCUUGGCUUUUAAGCUACACCAAGUUAAAUGUAUUCAAAAGAUAACAAAAAUUGACAAUCUUUUAAUAUUUUUUAAAUUAAAACUUAACUUUAACGGUCAAAAUAAUUUCAAAAAACUUUAAUAAAUUCACAAAACCACAAACCCUUCCAGAUCAUCAUCAAAACAAAUACAAAAGCUUUUCAAGUAAGUCGAUUUAUUAUUAUUUUAUCAGUGCCUUAUCGAUAUAGCUUUGUGUCAGUAUUUGAAGAUAUUUCAAUCUUAAACACUCAAUUUUCAAUCUUUCAAUCAAUUUUUUCUCAAUAAAUCAAAAAUUUCCAGAAUCUUCAAAAAUGUCCGGCUUAUCCGAUGCAGAAGCUGAUGCACUAUGCAAAUCAUCUGGUGAUGCAACCAAAGACUUCUUGUUCCAACAAACUAUGUAUCGCAUUAAAGAUCCACGCAAGUCACUUCCAUUUUACACUGAAGUCUUAGGAAUGACACUUUUGGUCAAGUUGGAUUUUCCAGAAGCUAAAUUUUCACUUUACUUUAUGGGAUAUGAGAAUCCAGCUGAUAUUCCUGAGGAUAAGGCAGCUAGGAAGUCAUGGGCGAUGUCCAGAAAGGCAACUUUGGAGUUGACCCACAACUGGGGAACUGAGGAUGAUGCAAGUCAAAGUUAUCAUACUGGAAAUUCAGACCCAAGAGGCUAUGGACAUAUUGGUGUUAUGGUUCCUAAUGUUGAGGCUGCUUGCGAAAGGUUUGAAAAGUUUGGAGUUGAUUUUGUUAAGAAGCCAAAUGACGGACGUAUGAAAGGAUUAGCAUUCAUUAAGGAUCCUGAUGGUUAUUGGAUUGAAAUUUUUAAUGCAGGAACUGUUCCUUGUUAACAUAUUUUGUGUCAUUAAAUGCCUAAUAAAUGAAUGAAAUUUAGUGUUUUUGGAUAAAUUUUCAGCGAUUUUCUCCGAAAUUUAAGAUUCGCA